AUGGAGUUCCUUGGAACCACUCAGACAGCCAGCUACUGUGGCCCAAAAAAGAGCUACUUAUUCCCUGAGCCAGUCUCCACCAGCACUACUCAAGACAGUUACCAGUCUUACUACCUGCCAGGUUACCGCUACCUCAACUCAUGGAGACCCAGCCUGUUUUACAGAGUAUCUGCAGUCCCCACCAACUCAGGUGAGCAGGGGAGUAUGCGAAUCUCUGCCCCUUUACGGCCACCCACUAUACUGCCCUCAGUGCGGUCUGCUUUAUAUGCUCGCUACUCCCCCCAUGACUGGUACCAGGCAAACAUGGUUCAAUACAAAGGAUCGGAGUCCUGCCGGCACUGGGCUGGCCGGCUGAAUGCUGAUUCUUUGCGACUGAUGCAAGACAAAAGCCAGCUAACCCAGCAGACACAGGACAACACUGGAAGGAGCCUAGGACAGAGACUCUCUGACAUAGAUUUUUGGAGGUCGGAGCUGACCUAUGAGCUAGAGCGUCUACUGACAGAGAUUCGUGCCCUGGAAACAGCCAAGAGGCGGCUGGAGUGUGCUGCUGAUGAGGCACAAAGGCCACUGAAGGUAGCCUUGGAAUGCUUAUAUAACCGUGAGAAGCGGAUGGGGAUUGACCUAGUACAUGAUGAUGUGGAAAAGAACCUCAUACGGGAAGUUGACUUGUUCAAGUCUUGUCAAGAAAGAAUGAGAAAACUUGCAGAAAGAAUUGAUCAACAGUUGGGUAUCAACAGAGAUGCACAGCACGCACUAGAGAGAGAUCUUUCUGACAAAAACUCAGCACAUUUUAUUGAUGAGAAGUGUUAUAAUCUGAGGAACACAUCGGAUAGCAUCAGCUUCUAUCAUGGAGUGGAAAAAAUAGAUGGAACAGUUUCAGUUCCUGAGACAUGGGCAAAGUUCAGUGAUGACAAUAUUAGGCACUCUCAGAAUGCACGGGCCAACUCCAUCAAGCUCUGUGAAGAAACAGAAAACACACUGGAGAAUGUAUCUGAGGAAAUGUGGAAGCAAUUUACUGAUACCAACUUGGCCUUUACCAAUCGCAUUGCUGAAACAGCUGAUACAAAGAACAAACUACAAACACACCUGGCUAAGACACUUCAAGAAAUCUUCCAGACAGAAAAUACAAUCAUGUUGCUGGAGAGAGCUAUAAUGGCAAAGGAGUGCCCACUGAAAGUAGCUCAGACCCGUCUGGAGGGAAGAACAAGACGACCCAAUGUAGAACUUUGCCGUGACAUACCUCAAUUUAAACUCGUCAAUGAAGUGUUUACUAUAGACGACACAUUACAGACUCUGAAGCUGCGCCUGCGGGAGGCCCACGAUACUCUUCAACUAUUGGUCCUUAACAAAACAAGACUGGAGCAUGACCUUUCUGUGAAGGCCAACUCCCUCUUCAUUGACAGGAAGUGCAUGGACAUGCACAAAGCCUUCCCCAGCACCCCACGGCUGGUUGGCUACACUUGA